AUGUCUUUCUGGAGUCGUCCUCGCAACCUCGUCAUCCUCGGUGGUGUCCUCGUCGGUGCUGCCUUCAUUCCUACUCCCGGCUCUAAGACCUCCAACGUCUUCGAGACCCAAGGCACAAAGAACAUUGGCGCCCGCUGGUCAUCAGGCGGUGGCUCAGAUGUCCACACCCCUGGCGCCGCUACUCCCCGUGGUAACAUCGAGAACACACAAGAAAACCAGACCAACGCCUCAGGCAUUCGCAGUGAUCACUUCCAAGAGCACCAGAUCUCUCAACGCCCUGGCGAGCCCGGUACCUUCGACAAGGCCUGGAACAAGGCCCACUACGGCACCGAGAAGGGCAAAUAG